UUCUGUGGGUAUUCUAUGUUCUUCGUCAGGGGGAUUGAUCCAUCGUCGUCCACUGCGCCCUCCGGAGCCCUAGCCGCGCUUGGCGACGAUCGAUGGAGCUGUAAGCUCUGGAGCGCGAGCGAUUCCUCCAGCGGUGGCGGCGACCUCUGCAAUGUAGUCUCGGCGCCGCAUUGUGGCCGCGACGAUCUCCGGCGAUGUCCAGGAUGUGUGGCAGAGCAUCGGGUCUCUGACGCAGCGGCGUGAGGAGCAAGACUCCUCUUUCUUUCUUUCUGGAUCUAGCGGGAUUACCGAUCGGCCAUGGCAGGCGGCGGCUACCUCACGAAUCAGCUGUCCAGGCGCACGGUGAUCUUUGGAUUCAAGCUAUGGGUAGUGCUGGGCAUCGCCGUCGGGGCGUUCAUCGUCCUCAUCCUCUUCUUUCUCUCGAUGUGGCUCGUGUCGAGAAAGAAGAACACCGACGACAAAUUCCGGCUCCACAACAUCCCCAGCGAAUCAAAGGAGAUCCAGGAGGUCAAGGUCGAUCAUCACAAGAGGGCGACCAAUGGAGGAGGAGGAGUGGCGCUGGCGAGGAGCGUCUCGCCACCGGAGAAGGGGCUGGAGAAGAUCAUCGUUCACGUCGACUGUGCCGUGGAGGAGGAUCGCCACCAAGGCAAACGAUUUAGCACCACCACCAGGGGUGGGAAAUUCCGGGACAAUGCCGCUGGCUACGUGAUGCAAUCGCUCUCACACCGCGACACACCCGAGAGAGGAAGCCCAGCGAGCGUCUCACACCAGAGUGUGAGUGCUACUCAGAUCGAAAAGGAGAGCUCGAGGGGGCUGCCAUCAAACCAAGCAUCGUCUUCUCCCGAUCAAACGCAGCAUUCUUCCACUCCGGCAAGCACCGAGAGACUAGCUUCUCCCGGAGCUCGAGGUGGAAGUAAAGCAGCGGAAGUUUCACACUUGGGUUGGGGGCACUGGUACACACUGCGAGAAUUGGAUGCUGCCACGCACUGCUUUGCGGACUGCAACGUUCUCGGGGAGGGUGGUUAUGGGAUUGUCUACAAAGGAAAGCUACCGGACGGGACUCCGAUUGCCGUCAAGAACUUGCUCAACAACAGAGGACAAGCCGAGAAAGAGUUUAGAGUAGAGGUGGAGGCAAUCGGGCGAGUGAGACAUAAAAACCUUGUUCGCUUGCUGGGCUACUGCGUUGAAGGCUGUCACAGGAUGCUGGUUUACGAGUACGUAGACAAUGGGAAUCUGGAGCAAUGGCUCCACGGGCCAAUUUCGAGGACAAAGUCGUUGACGUGGGAGGCAAGGAUGAAAAUUGUUCUCGGGACUGCCAAAGCGUUAGCAUAUCUGCACGAAGCUUUGGAGCCCAAAGUUGUACAUAGGGACAUAAAAUCAAGCAACAUACUCAUUGAUUCAACUUACAACGCCAGGAUAUCAGACUUCGGGCUUGCGAAACUCCUGGGAGCUGGCAAGAGCCACGUAACUACAAGAGUCAUGGGCACGUUCGGAUAUGUCGCUCCAGAAUAUGCAAACACAGGAUUGCUCAACGAGCGAAGCGACGUGUAUAGUUUCGGUGUCCUGCUCAUGGAGGUCGUCACCGGAAGAGAUCCCGUGGACUAUAGCCGGCCUCCUUCAGAGGUUAAUCUUGUGGACUGGCUGAAGCUCAUGGUCGGGCAAAGGCGCUCGGAAGAAGUAGCGGACCCAAACUUGGAGCCCAAACCAGCGUCGCGAGCGCUCAAGCGGGCGUUGCUGGUGGCGCUGCGGUGCGUGGAUCCGGACUCGUCGAAGCGGCCCAAGAUGGGGCACGUCGUUCACAUGCUCGAGGCGGACGAGUACCCGUAUCGCGACGACCGGCGAGCGGCAAGUACCACUGCCGCCACAAAUCGCCCACCAAAGUCAGCGAGAGGCGUCCAUCAAGAGCAGCAGCACUACAGGGCAGCAGAGUUGCGGUCACGGUCGGUAUAUUAACUCGAAGGUUGUCAAGUUGAGAGGAAAGAAAGAAAAAAAGAGCACAGAUCAUUCAGGUAUAAAUCAAAGAGGCUGACAAUUUCUGUUGUGGAGACGGUUCCAGGUGAUGAAUUUGAGAGAGGAGUGUUGUACCACACACAUCUGACUCGUUUUUAUGGGUUUUGGAUCACAACUGUACAAUAAAAAUGGGCAAGUUCUUGGGCAAAUUAAAAUAAAAAUUGAUCACUUUCAAAA